CGUUGCAGCAAAGCAUAUCGAACCUAAAAACCAAGCAGAAAGAAAAUCCUGAAAAAUACCUCUAGUCAGUGACCAUCAUACUUAGUUGCCAAUUUCAAUGGAGGAGGUGACACCAGAACUUGAUCUUCCAGGGUUCAGGUUCCACCCAACAGAGGAGGAGCUUCUUGAUUUCUACUUGAAGAACAUGAUUUUUGGGAAGAAGCUGCGGUUGGAUGUGAUUGGAUUCCUCAACAUCUAUCACCAUGAUCCCUGGGAUUUGCCUGGGUUGUCCAAGAUUGGGGAGAGGGAAUGGUACUUUUUUGUGCCUAGGGACAGGAAGCAUGGCAGUGGAGGGAGGCCUAACAGGACAACAGAAAAUGGGUUCUGGAAAGCCACUGGUUCUGAUAGGAAAAUCUUCAGCUUAUCUGAUCCUAAACGCAUAAUUGGCCUGAAAAAGACCCUUGUUUUCUACAAGGGCAGAGCUCCAAGAGGAACCAAGACUGAUUGGGUCAUGAACGAGUAUCGCCUCCCUGAUGGCAGCCACCUGCCUAAGGAUAUAGUUCUGUGCAAGAUAUAUAGGAAGGCAACAUCCCUCAAAGUCCUGGAGCAGAGGGCUGCAAUGGAAGAAGAGAUGAAGGAAAUGCACCCAUCCCCGUCUUCUCCCCCAUCAUCAAUAGAAACAAUCUCAUUUUGCAGCCCACGGAAUGAAUUCUCAGCAUCAUUUUCUGUACCCCAAGUACUCUUGAAGAAGGAAGUGGAGGAAAGUCCGAUGGUGGAAGUUGUGAGGGAGAACAACAAUGGUUCUUCAGCAUCCGUCCAAUUGCCCUUAGGGAAGGAGAAAUUGCCAGAGCUUCAACUACCCAAAAUGGCCAUGGAUUGGACCCAGGAUCCAUUCUGGACCCAGCUAAACAGCCCUUGGCUUCAGAAUUUGACGCCUUAUGCAAACAUUUUGAACUUCUAGUUACUUGAUUACCACCAAGCUCACUUUAAUUUAGACUCUGAUAUUGUAGAGAGGCCUUUUUUAAGUAUAUUUCUUUUUCCUAAAAAAACAUCUUCUUUUAAUCUUUUCACGGAAAUAUAGUCUCUUGUUUAUAACUUUGAUGUCAACCCAUGAGAUAGGGGUGAGAAUGGGUAUAUGAUAAGGUCGAUUCUGAAGAUGAACUUGGAAGAAAUUCAGAAUCAGAUACCAUGUAGUGGUCAUGUUUUGUUAAGCUCUACUAUGUCAGUUCGAUAUACAUCCCAGGGUCUACCCACUGUCAGGGAGAGCAACACGACGGCUGAUUGCUUUGCUAAGAUGAGCAGCUCUUUGGCUUCCUCCAGUUUUUGUAUGUUUGAAAAUUGCCCCCUCUCUGUUGCUUUCUUUUGUUGUGCUGAUGCAUAUGGGGUCUGUUUUGCUCGAUCCCCAAGAUGUACUCCUAUUUUUAUUUCUAAUAAUAUUUCUAUAUUUAU